UUAAAAAAUCCAUCUUCGACGCCGUCCUUGUGAUUAAACUACUUUGAAAGGUCUGGUUAGUGAAAAACACAUUGCAAAGGUCGAAUAUCGUAGCAUUGCUCAUACCGGUUCCAGAUGACUAAGAAGAUCACAUGGAAGUCUAUCAUCUUCGUCCUAAACUGUUACAGGACUGAUUACCCCCCGUUGCAGGAAAAACAACCCUUGAAACAAGGUUCAUUCCAGAGGCUAUGCCUCUCGGACAUAAGCAAUUCCAGCUCGUCUCAGGCCAUUGACGAUCUCUCAAUUUCUUUGGCUGGUUCAAAACUUCACAUAUUCAGCCUAGAGGAGCUUAGGGAGGCAACCCAUAAUUUCUCAUGGAGCAAUCUGCUUGGUGAAGGCGGGUUUGGACCCGUGCACAAGGGAUUCUUUGAUGACAAACUUAGGCGUGGAUUGAAAGCCCAGCCUGUAGCUGUCAAACGCCUCGACUUAGGUGGCUUGCAAGGUCAUAGGGAAUGGCUGGCAGAGAUUAUCUUCCUUGGACAGCUGCAGCAUCCGCAUCUUGUAAAGUUGAUUGGGUACUGUUAUGAGGAGGAGCAUAGGCUUUUGGUUUACGAAUACAUGCCAAGAGGAAGCUUGGAGAACCAGCUCUUCAGAAGAUACUCUGCUGUCUUGCCAUGGUCAACCAGGAUGAAAAUUGCACUAGGCGCAGCUAAAGGCCUGGCCUUCCUUCAUGAAGUAGAUAAACCAGUAAUUUACAGAGAUUUCAAAGCUUCAAACAUUUUGCUGGACUCGGAUUACACAGCCAAACUGUCAGAUUUCGGGCUGGCAAAGGAUGGUCCAGAAGGGGAAGAAACACACGUAACAACACGCGUGAUGGGGACACAGGGCUAUGCUGCUCCUGAGUAUGUCAUGACUGGUCACCUGACAACGAAGAGUGAUGUGUACAGCUACGGAGUGGUUCUGCUAGAAUUGCUAACAGGGAAGCGGGUGGUGGAUAAGAACAGGCCAAGUAAAGAGCACAGCCUGGUGGAGUGGGCAAGACCAAUGUUAAGGGAUCCUAAAAAGCUGUAUCGAGUUAUAGAUCCCAGACUUGAAGGCCAAUUUCCUGCGAGAGGAGCUCGGAAGGUGGCUGCCCUGGCUUACAAAUGCUUGAGUCACCACCCAAAUCCAAGGCCCACCAUGUCCGAUGUGGUGACGAUAUUGGAGACACUUCAGGGCUUUGAUGAUAUUUUCGUAGGACCUUUUGUGUAUGUUGCCGUAAGUGAAGGCCAGAAAGAAGCAUAAAAUAGUCAUAUAUAGUGUACCAGAUAGUAAUUUUUUUUUUAUUUUCGCAUUUUGGUCUGUAAAGGAUGUGUCGAUUUUCAUAAUUAUGAAGCUGGACGUAAUCAGCUGUAUACAAAUAGUAGCUAGGAACUGAGAACUGCACCAAGGGGAAUGCACUUUGAGGUGAAAUUAAUAUUGCCCCUUCGAGAUACAAUUUGUCAGAAGGGGUGAACAAGAUUUUCAGGUUUGACAGCGUACACAAUAA